GGUUGUAACAAGCAGUGAGCAGCUGAGUAGCUGUGUCCUUUGUCCUUCACUCCCUUGGCUUUGGAGCCUGUUUCUAUCAGCUCUAAGCCCUCCUACCCCAGACCAUAGCUGUAACCACUGCAGCCUGCUAUUCAGCCCCAGAACUGAGGAUGGAUGAGGAGCUGUACUCGAGGCAGUUGUAUGUGCUGGGUCUACCUGCCAUGCAGAGGAUCCAGAAAGCUAAGGUCCUGCUUUCUGGCCUACAGGGUCUGGGAGCUGAGGUGGCCAAGAACUUGGUUCUGAUGGGUGUGGGCAGCCUCACUCUGCAUGAUCCUCAUCCCACUUGCUGGUCUGACCUGGCUGCUCAGUUUUUCCUCUCAGAAGAGAAUUUGGGAAGGAACAGGGCUGAAGUCUCUCGAGAAGCACUGGUUCAGCUCAAUGAAGCUGUUCAAGUCUCCAUUCAUACAGGUGACAUCACUGAGGACCUACUACUAGGAUUCCAGGUGGUGGUGCUGACUGCCUCAAAGCUAGAAGAGCAGCUGAGGGUGGGCACUUUGUGCCACAAGCAUGGAGUUUGCUUUCUGGUGGCUGAUACUCGGGGCCUCGUGGGGCAGUUGUUCUGUGACUUUGGUGAGGACUUCACUGUGGAGGACCCUACAGAGGUGGAACCUAUGACAGCUGCCAUCCAGGACAUCUCCCAGGGAUCUCCUGGCAUUGUCACUCUGAGAAAAGGCACCAAAAGACACUCCUUCUGUGAUGGGGACUUGGUGAUUUUCUCAGGCAUUGAUGGCAUGGUUGAACUCAACAGUUGUCCUCCACAGCCCAUCCAUUUGCGGAAGGAUGGGUCCUUAGAGAUUGGGGACACAACAGCUUUCUCCCGUUACUUGCGUGGUGGAAUUAUCACUGAAGUCAAGAGAUCCAAGACUAUGAGGCAUGAGCCCCUGGAUACAGCUCUGCUUCAGCCUCGAAUGGUAGCUCAGAACACUCAAGAAGUUCACCGUGCCUACUGCCUGCAUCAGGCCUUCCGCGCACUGCACAAAUUCCAGCAAUUUCACGACCGGCUGCCCAAGCCCUGGGAUCCUGUUGAUGCAGAGACUAUGGUGAACCUGGCUCAGGACCUGGAGCCACUAAAAGGGACAAAAGAAGAAUCACUAGAUAAGGCUCUACUGCAGACAAUUGCCCUGAGUAGUGCUGGUAGUUUGAGCCCUAUGGCAGCCAUUCUGGGAGGAGUGGCUGCCCAGGAAGUCCUGAAGGCAAUCUCCAGGAAGUUCAUGCCUCUGGACCAGUGGCUGUAUUUUGAUGCCCUUGACUGUCUUCCGGAAGACGAGGCGCUCCUCCCUAACCCUGAAGACUGUGAUCUGAGAGACUGCCGCUAUGAUGGGCAAAUUGCAGUAUUUGGGGCUGGUUUUCAGGAGAAACUGAACUGCCAGCACUACCUCUUGGUGGGAGCUGGUGCCAUUGGUUGUGAGGUACUCAAAGGCUUUGCCCUAGUAGGCCUGGGAGCUGGCAUUGAUGGAGGUGUGACUGUUGCUGACAUGGACCACAUAGAGCGCUCCAACCUCAGCCGGCAAUUCCUCUUCAGGCCCCAAGAUAUUGGGAGGUCCAAGGCAGAGGUGGCCGCAGAAGCUGCUCGGUGUCUGAACCCAGACCUGCAAGUGACUCCAUGCACCUACCCACUGGAUCACACUACAGAGCACAUCUAUGGGGACAACUUCUUCUCCAGGGUGGAUGGUGUGGUUGCUGCCUUAGACAGCUUCCAGGCCCGGCAUUAUAUUGCUGCUCGAUGUACCCACUAUCUGAAACCACUGCUGGAGGCAGGCACACAGGGCACCAGGGGGAGUGCUUCAGUGUUUGUGCCAUAUGUGACUGAAGCCUACAAAGGCCCUGCCUCAACUGCAGCAUCUGAGGAUGCUCCCCACCCUGUCUGUACUUUGCGGCACUUCCCCAGCACCGCUGAGCACAUCCUGCAGUGGGCCAGGGAUGAAUUUGAGGGACUCUUCAGACUAUCUGCAGAGACCAUCAACUGCUACCAAAAGGCAUGCACUUCACUGGCAGACAUGGAUAAGACGCCAACACUGACCUCACUGCAGCAGGUGCUGUGUGUCCUGCGAAUGCGCCCACGGACCUGGCAAGAUUGUGUGGUGUGGGCCCUUGGCCAUUGGCAACUACGCUUCCACGAUGGCAUCAUAGACCUGCUGAGAUAUUUCCCAUCUGAUAAAGUGCUUGAGGAUGGAACUCCAUUCUGGUGGGGACCCAAACAAUGCCCUCAGCCCCUGCAAUUUGACCCCAGCCAAGACAUGCAUUUCCUCUACGUGCUGGCAGCUGCCAACAUAUAUGCACAGAUGCAUGGGCUGCCUGGCUCACAAGAUCGAACUGCACUCAGGGAGCUGUUGGAGUUGCUACCAAAGCCUGAUCCCUCGUGCCUGAACCCUUUCUCUGCUAGUAACCUAGAGCUGGCUUGGCCUACUACUGAGUUUGGCCCUGAGCAAUUGAAGGAACUGCAGGAAGCCCUGGAAGACUGGAAGAAGGGCCCUCCUCUGAAGCCUGUACUGUUUGAGAAGGUGGGAUCCCAGGAUGAUGACAGCAACUUCCAUAUGGAUUUUGUGGCAGCAGCGACAGACCUGCGGUCUCAGAACUAUGGGAUCCUACCAGUCAACCGUGCUCAGAUCAAGAAGAUUGUGAGCCAGAUUAUCCCAGCCAUUGCUACCAGUACAGCGGUUGUGGCAGGCCUACUAGGCCUGGAGCUGUAUAAGGUGGUAAGUGGGUCAUGGACUCUUGGCACCUUUCGACACAGCUAUCUGCAUCUGGCUGAAAACCACUUCAUACGCUCAGUGCCUUCUGCCCCAGUCAUCCAGAUGUUCCAGCACCUGAAAUGGACCUGUUGGGAUCGCUUGAAGGUGCCUGCUGGGCAGCCUGAGAGGACACUGGAGUCACUGCUGGCCCAUAUCCAGGAGGAACAUGGGCUGAGGGUAAAGAUGCUGCUGCAUGGCCAGGCCCUGCUCUAUUCUGCAGGAUGGCCAUCUGAAAAGCUGUCUCAAUACCUGCACCUCAGGGUGACAGAACUGGUUCAGCAAGUGACAGGCAGGAUGCCUGAACCUGGGCUUCGGGUACUGGUGUUGGAGCUGAGCUGUGAGGGUGAGGAAGAUGAAGCUGCCUUCCCACCUCUGCAUUAUGAGCUGUGACAAGGCAGCCACCACACAACCACUUGGCUCUAAAGGAAUUCUUCAUCUUGAGCCCAUAGCAGACACUCAAUAAACUCAUGUUGAAGGAAGGCAUAACUGGAAAGGCUAGAUGAUAACAGAACAUGGGUUGGUAAUGUUAUGAGUGUGAUAUGGGCAAGACAGUG